AGCAUACCUCUGUGCCAGGUCUGCUUAACCUCCCAUUGACACCAGGUAGCCGGACGUUUCGCCGAGAGUUUGAAGGCAGCAUCAUUUGCAGCGGAUAAUGGCUGACAUUCCCCAGCUGAUCAAAGUCUCCGUGUCGUUGAAAACGACUCCUAACGAGGGACCUGUGUUCUUCAAAACCGAUGGGACUAGAUUUGAUCAGAGCAGGACAAUAAAAUUACUCACUGGAACUAAAUACAAAAUUGAGGUGGUCGUCAAACCCGGAGCGGUGCAAGCUACGACCAUGACUAUAGGGGGAGUGACCUUCUCCUUGGAGCAGCAGUCCAAGGAUCCUCAGUCAGUAGCCUACACUGGCUUAUACAGCACUGAAGGUGUGAACCAUACCAAGAGUGGGGAGAGGCAACCUGUCCAAAUAAGCAUGGAGUUUCCUGAUGCUGGUCAGUUUGAGACCACAUGGCAGGUCAAGUACUACAACUACACCAAGCGGGACCACUGCCAGUGGGGCAACAGUUUCAGAAGCAUUGACUAUGAGUGCAAGCCUAAUGAGACACGCAGCCUCAUGUGGAUCAAUAAAGAGAUGUUCGUCUGACUAGGGAAUUGGUGCGACUUGCUAGUCACUCCGCCUGGUUAAAAGUGAUUGAUAAAGCUCACUACUGAGGCGUUAUUGAUCAGGCCUGUCAGUGGACUGUACAUAUCAUGUCAUUACCAGUUCCUGCCUCAGUGUUUGUGUGAACUGUGACCUGUGUGUGGGUGUGUGUGUUUGUGUGCAUUAGGUGACCCAGUGGUGAUGUGUGGAUGUAACUGUGUCAUCAUGUAACUGUGACAUUUACCAGCAGUUGAGUCAACAAUGUGUAAUUCAGGCAAACACAGGAUAUUAACCAGUCCAAUACACAUCCUGGAGAAUAAUGACCAGCUAGUAACUGGCGCUGCUCUCUAUGACUGUCUAAAGGAGGUGGUGUACUCCUCCAUGCACAUUUGUACAGGUCGAAGACGUGUGUGACUGACGUGCGGUCACAACUGUAGGGAGGCCCACGAUGCCCCUACAGGUCGCGUUGAUGACACAAUUCUCAUCAUCCGCCGUGUGUGCGUGCGCGGGACCCAGACGCAGGACAAUCAAUACUGAAUAUUGUUGACAGAUAGAAUGCAAACAGCUCGUAUAUUUUAACACUGACAUGACAAGCUCCAAGUUCACUAAGAGACUAAAGGAAUGCAGCAUAAACCAGGCCUAUUAGAGAGGUGGGAUAUAGCUAGCCAUCAUUUUCCAGGAUCUGUAUGUUCUUCUGUCUUUCUCUAUCCCUAUGCAGUUGUCUCAUUUUCUACCUCUGGAAGGCACAAUCAGAAUGAGGGAUACUACCUAAGUGCUGACAGAUUCAAGGGUUAGAUUAGAUAUCUUAUUGGUGUGAUACUGUGAUACUGUAGAAAAUGAACUACCCUACCUGCCUACAUAUCAGCUCUGAUCUGUGUUUGUUUGUGAAAUAUUUUGUAUUUCCAGUCAGAACCUAAAUAGAGAGUGUAUAUUGUAUUUUGGUUAUAAAUAAACUGUUGUUUUGAAAAG